AUGAGUGAUGACAGCAGGAAUGCCAUGAGCGGGUUCACGCUGACCAGCCAGCUGCCAGCCGCCCGCGGCAAGGAGCUGUGGACCCUGGAUGGCCUGCUGGGCGGCCGCCUGUCCUCCUUCCCCGUGCGCAUGACCAUCAUCCGGCUCGGCGGUAGGGGCCUCCUGCUGGUCUCCAGCUUCCCUCCCACGCCACAAGUGCUGGCUCUGCUGCGCCCCCUGGGCGAGGUCCGGCUGGUGCUGGCCCCCAACGCCAUGCACUGCCUGUGGGGGGCCCACAUGCGGGACGCCUGCCCCGGCGCGGUGCUGGCGGGACCGCCCAAGGCGGCGCAGCGCUUCCCGGCGUCCCGGUGGGACGUCGUCGUCGGCACCCCGCACGACUUUGACGCACUGCUGGCGCAGCUGGGCCUCAGCCCGCGCGGCCAGGAGGUGCAGGUGUGGACCACCAUCCAAGCCAAUCCGUGGAUGCAGGAGGUGGUGCUGCUGCACCGCCCCUCCAGGGCCCUCAUCCUCACAGACCUCGCCUUCAACUUCCAGCGGGGAGGAGACACGCCGCUGCCGGGCGGGCCGCUGGGCGCGGUGCUGCGCAGCACGUACCUGCGCCUGGCCGGCGGGUACCGCACCUGCUGCCCCACCACCCCCGUGCGAUGGCUGCUCAAGGACGCAGACGCCAUGUGUGCCAUCGUGGACGCCAUCCUGCUCUGCGACUUUGACCAGGUGGUGGUGGCGCACGGGGACGUGGUGGCGCCUCCCGACGGCAAGAAGGCGUUCACAGAGGGCGCCGCCGCCUUCUUCCGGGACGCGGCGCGGCGCAGGCGGGAGAGCAGCGAGGGCGGGGCGGGCAGGCAGCGCGCCUACCUGGCCGCCGCGGCCGUGGCGGGCACAGCCGUCGCGCUGGCCGCGUGGUGGAGGGCGGGGCGGUAG